AUGGUUUUCGAAGACGAAAGGAGUGAGGAGACGUCCAGCCUGACGUACAUGCACUCGACCUCAUCCACGGACAGGCUUAACCAGGUCCCUUUCAGCGUUGAAGAUCCAGAUUACCAGGGGCUUGAGUUGGAAACGAUGUCGCCAUGUGAGAAGCACGGGAAGGCAUAUGAGAGGCUUGUCGCAUUUGAAGGAACAGACACAGGGAGAAGGUUCUUAGCAUGUGCAGAGCCGGAAGGGCAGAAUUGUGGGUUUGUUGAAUGGGUUGAUCACCAGUGGCCCCCAACAAUGCAAAAUGCAUUGUUGAAGCUGUGGGCAAUGGUUGAAGAUAGCAGGAGUGCUAGGGUGAAUGAUAAUCUUGAAAGUUCUUUCACUAUCCACCAUCUGACAGAAGAGAAGAACAAGUUGGAGGCCAACUAUGAUAAGCUAGUCCAAGAUGUGCAUGAGCUUAUGAGCUUCCAGAAGGAGAGGGUGGUGGAUUUCGGACAUCUGCAGUCUGCCAUUACAUAUCAGCAUGAAUGCAGAAGUGAACUGGUGGCUGAUAUGAAGGCACAGAUGGCAAAGAGAGAUGCAGAGUCUAAGAAGCUUAAGCAGAAUUAUGAAGUGCUACUGAACCUGACAAGAUCUCAAGCUACAGUCAUCCAGAACCUGAAGUUGAAGCAUAUUACAGACAAGCAGUUGCUUAGUGAAGCUAAGAUGAACUUGGAGUUGAAGAAUGCAGAGCUCACAAAGUCUGAGGAGAAGCUCACCCAAGAUAAGCUAGAGUUGAAGUUUCAGGUUUUAGAUUUGCUUAAGGGAAAGGAAAAGCAUGGUGAAGAGAUGGUGCAGCUAGAGCUUCAGUUUGCUGAGCUGAUGAAGGCAGAGGAGAAGCUGAAGGAGAAGAUCAAGGGGAUCCAGGCCAUCUUAGAGAAGUGA